UGUUGUGGACCAUUGGAGAAGCCUGCUUAUCCAUAUGGAUUAUCACAAAUUCAUGGCGCUAUAAGUGACCAUCAUACCUACCGCCUGCCCGAAAUCAAGCCAAAGAUAGACAUUACAAUACUGAAAGGUUCGAAAGGAGAGCAGGGAGAGAAGGGAUUGCCAGGAAAAACAGGCAAGGAGGGACCCAAAGGUUCCACUGGCAUUAUUGGUCCCAAAGGGAACAAAGGUCUGCCAGGAACUCCAGGGAACAGCUGCAAACUGUAUUAUGCGGCAUUUUCGGUCGGCCGAAGGAAGUGGAUGGAGAGUGAGGAGCUUCAGGCACAGCUGACCUUUGACACUGAGUUUGUGAAUCUCUAUCAGCACUUCAGUAUGUUCACAGGAAGGUUCUACUGUUAUGUCCCAGGUGUCUACUACUUCAAUCUCAAUGUGCACACCUGGAACUUCAAGGAGACUUAUCUCCACCUAAUGCACAACUCGGAGGAGGUGGUGGUCCUGUACGCCCAGCCUAGUGACCGCAGCAUCAUGCAGAGUCAGAGUGUCAUGCUGGAACUGCAGCGGAAAGACGAGGUGUGGGUCAGGCUGUACCGAAACAACAGGGAAAGUGCUGUUUACAGCGAUGAGACUGAUGUCUACAUCACAUUCAAUGGCUACUUAGUCAAGCCAACAGAGUUUGAAUAAGGGGAGGAGCUGUUCAGAACCUCAGGUCACUUUCAUCAUUCAGAUUAGAUUAUGGAUAGAAUGGUUAAAUUAUGAGGACGUUGCAUGAAUUUAGAAUCAGAAUCAGCUUUAUUAUCACUGACAUCUGUCAUGAAAUUUAUUCUGUGGCAGCAAUAUAGUGCAGGACAUGAAAUUACUAUAAAUUACAGAAUAAAUAAAUAGUGCGUAAGACAAAUAACGAGGUAGUGUUCAGAUGUUCAAGGACCAUUCAGAAAUCUGGUGGAGGACAUUUGCUGUUCUUAAAACACUGAGAGUGGCUCCCCAGGCUCCUGUACCUCCUUCCUGAUGAUAGUAACACAAAGAGGACAUGUCCUAGAUGGUGAGGGUGUUUAAUGCUGCCUCUUGAAGGUGUCUCUGAUGGCAGGAAGGUUUAUGCCCAUGAUGGAGCUGGCUAAGUCUAGAAUGCUCUUGAUCUAAUCUUCCAAAGGCCUCUUGGUCUAACGUUCCAAAGACCUCUUACUUUAAGAAUCAUUCCUUUAGAUUGGAAAACUGCUUGUAACUCAGCAACUUGAAAAAGAUGGGAGAAAGAAAUCAGUGAUUCCACAAUCAAGGAAAAGAAAUACUAAGAAAAGAGUGACUGAACACCUGAUUGGAGCUGAUCAGGGAAAGUCAGCAUGAACUUGUAAAAAGCAAGUCAUGUCUGAAGAACCCGAUAGUAUUUCAUUUGGAACAAUGAUUUAAAAAGUGCCUAUGGAUAUAAUUUUUAUAGAUUUCCAGAAGGUAUUUGAUGAAAUCCUGCAGAAGACACCAGGAGGUAAAAAUGAAAUUGAAGGCAAAUUAUCGAGCUGGCUAAGAAUUUGAUGUGUGGUUGGGGAUGGAGGAUAACAGGCAGUCAUAUUGGCAGAUUGGUAUUAAGAUGUACUGCAAGGAACUUUGGUGUAUUGAAUUCCACAACUAGUCACUAUCCUUAUAGGGUAGGAUAGAAAGCUACAGACUCAUGUUUACUGAUGGCAUGAUGGCAAGUAUUAAAACUGAAAAGAUAUAUAUAUAUAUAUAUAGUUAAAACAAAAGGACAAAAGGCAAAUCUGUGGCAAAUGGACACCUAUAUGUAAAAGGAGAAAAAGAACAGAAUACAUUUUUAACAUUGGAAAAUGAUCCACUUAUAAGGACUAUUAAAAUAUUAUGGACAAGUACAGAAAACAAUGAGAAAUGUUAAUGGAAUCCUGAUCUUUAAUGCUGAGGACUAAAUUUUAAG